CGUCCAAUUGGAUAACCUCACAGAGGUCGAAGGUGACACGCAUUUUGCAACAUGGCGGCCCCCUUGGAUGACAUGUUUUCGCGGUGCGUUGAUCCCGGGAAAACUGCAAACUGCGUGGAAGUCCGAUUUAUCGACAACGUCAAGGGUAAAGGACUGUUCGCCAAGAGACCUUUGAAAAAAGGCGAGACAAUCUUUAUCGAGCGUCCCCUUGUCUCUGCUCAGUUCUUGUGGAAUGCCUUGUACAAGUAUAAAGCGUGUGAGUACUGUUUGCGUGCUCUGGAGACGGCAGAGGAAAAUGCACGCAGACUCAGCGCUCUGCCUGCCCUCAGCCUUCCCCACACUGAGCUUUGUAAAGUCCGGCCCGAGCUGCACCAGGCCUGCCCUCACUGCCAGGUGAUGUACUGUAGCAGCGAGUGCAGGCAGAAUGCAUGGGAUCAAUAUCACCAGGUCCUGUGUCUGGGACCUUCACAUCAAGAUCCUGAUCAUCCAAUCAACAAGCUGCAGGAUGCAUGGAGGAAUGUACACUAUCCUCCAGAAACCUCUAGCAUCAUGCUAAUGGCCAAAAUGGUUGCGGUUGUCAAGCAGGCUCAAGAUAAGGGGCGCUGGCAGAGGCUGUUUUCCCACUUUUGCAGCCGUGCAGCUAACGAGCAGGAGGAAAUAGCACACAAACUGCUAGGAGAGAAGUUUCAGGGCCAGCUUGCUUUGCUGCGUAACCUAUUUACUACAGCACUCUAUGACGAUCACCUCAGUCAGUGGUUCACUCCAGACGGAUUUCGCUCUCUCUUCGCACUUGUCGGGACCAACGGGCAGGGCGUCGGCACCAGUUCCCUUAGCCAGUGGGUUCAUGCUUGUGAUGCAUUGGAGCUUCCUCACCAGCAGAGGGAGCAGCUGGAUGCCUUUAUUGACCAGUUAUACAAGGACAUUGAUAAAGAAACGGGCGACUUCCUCAACUGUGAAGGAUCCGGUCUCUUCCUUCUCCAGAGCUCAUGUAACCACAGCUGCAUACCGAACGCGGAGGCAUCCUUCCCUGACAACAACUUCCUGCUUCACCUGAGCGCCCUGAGUGACAUCAGCCCUGGCGAGGAAAUCUGCAUCAGCUACUUGGACUGUUGCCAACGAGACAGGAGUCGUCAUAGCCGGCACAAGAUCCUGAGAGAAAACUACCUGUUCGUGUGCUCGUGUCAGAAGUGCAUGGCCCAGAUGGAUGACACCGACGUGACCUCGGAGGACGAGGACGAAGGGGAAGGAGAGACGGAGGGGGACGAAAUGGAGGACGAGAUGACGGAUGUGUGAUGACGUUUCGGGUUUCACCAUUUCACCCCCUCAUUUCAUACCUGUCUUUUUGUGGACAUUACUCUUUCAUAUCAUAAAGAAAGCAUGCGGGUCACCAUAACGAAACCUGCUGCUCUGUUCAUGCAAUAGGAGAGUAAGCUCUUGGCUAUGCAAAGUGUUUUGUCUCACUUUUACACCUUUAAUUACCAUCACAUUAGUGGUGCCAAGAAUGCUUCCAUUUCCAUUUUUUUUUCAGACUGAUCCAUUUCACCUUGAUAUAUAUAUAUAUAUAUAUAUAUAGAGAUAUAUAUAUAUAUAUAUAUAUAUAUAAAAAAAAAUCAGACGAUAAAACAUUUCAUCUAUGCACUUACAUUUUUGAUACAUGAUGAUGAUCUAACAGCAUGAAGUCUUUGAAAGACAAAAUAAUCCACAUAUCAUCAGCCUUUCUGGACUGUAGACAUAACAAACAGCCAUGUGAUGUCUCCACCAAUAUUUUCGUUUACUUGGCCAAAAAAAAAUAGUGUCUGCUUUUGCUGGGAGGAAGUAGAGUGUCCUUAACCUCCUUAAACUCGCUGAAUCUGUCAGCUGCUUCAGACUUGUAUUGCUCAAUCUCAUUACUACAGUGCCCUCCAGUAUUAUUGGCAUCCUUCGUAAAAAUGAGCAAAAAAAUGUACAGAAAAACAGUGAAAACUUUUUCACUCAAACAAAAGAAGGAAACAUUUGCCUUGGUUCUGACACUAAGGAUUCUUUUGAAUAAAUGCCAACCAGUUAUCAUUCUUCAUUUUUUUCCUCUCAUUUCAUCUCCCAGGAAAUACUUUUGUUGCCUUUAACCAUGUCUGGUUUUCCUGGGGUAUGGUUAUUAUUGCACACAAUAGCGCAAUGUUGUUAACCCCCUAAUCUAAAAUCUCCAACACUUACCAUUAGGAAGAAACCAGAAGAUCUUGAACACAAAGGCAACAGUUGGUUGCUCGCCUGCACAAGUCAUGUAACAGGUGUAAAACAAUUAAGCGGAAUUAAGGUGAUAAGAAAAAGUUUAAUGCGUGCUAGACAUUCCACGUACGCAUUAUCACACCACACAGUGAUUAGGAUGGUGAAGAGAAAAAAAAAAAGCCCAACAAUCACAGUAAUAUAAUUGCGUUGCCUAGUUUAUUUUUGUGCUUCGAAGUGUUAUGAAGAAAAAGAAAGCCUUCUACAAGUGUUUCCAAACUUGUUAGAUACUGUAUUGCAGCAAGCGUCUCAGUACUGGUAUUGUCUUUAGGGUAAGAGGCACGUAUUAAUUGUAUUUUUUUUUUUAAUGUUUUGUUGACUAAAAUGGCACUACUUUAAUCUAGGUAUUACAUUUGCCAUGCUGUCUAUGUAUAAAUCUCGUUUUUUAAAAUGGAGGGUGCCAAUAAUUAUGGACAACACCGUACGUACCUGUCCUGUUUUUCAUUGUCUUGAGUCACAGAUUACUAAUUGAAUUUCCGCCGAAUGCUAUAAAAGUAAAUGUAAGCGAGUAACUCAUUAUAAUAUCCAGAUAGUAUGCCUUAAGGUAAAUAGCUGAACAGUAAACGGAGACAUUAAGGAGUUUAUCAAUUAGACGUAACAGUAAAUAACUGCAGCUCUGCCAAUGCUGACAAUCUGGAUGAAGUCUGUAGUUAACAGCAGGUUGUAGCUGAUCUACAGUUAUGUUUCAGGUAUGCAGCAUUAGUUUCACUACAUUAACUGCCAAGCAGAUGCAUUUUGCCUCAGGAUUCUGUUUUUUUUUUUGAUGUUGAGCAUGGAGUCACCGCAGCGUCGCAGGAGGUAGGAAAACACCUCCGAUCGCGUUUUUCCACCACUUGUCAUAAUCCCCCAGCACUUAAUACAGUCAUCCAGUGUUUAUGAAAUUCGCUUUGGGAACUUUCGCACUUUCUCCCUAUCGUGCAGAGUGUUCUUGACAAAUCCUGUCAGCUUCAUCAACAUCAUGCCAAAACAAUUCAACAUCGAAAGCGGCAGAUGCUGAAUUAUCAUAACUGGAUAUCUUCGAAAUGCAAUAAUAAUCGUGUGACGGUUUAAGCGUACAAGAAAUGAAACGUUUCUUGAAUAAUCUGGGAGCACCAGUGCUUUUUAUCUUGCUGAAACCACAGACCAAAUAAUGAGUAGAUUAGCAUUCAUUAGUGCAACAUCCACCUCCUUUAUUUAUAUAUAUAUAUAUAUAUAUAUAUAUAUAUAUAUAUAUAUAUAUAUAUAUAUAAUAUAAUAUAUAUAUAUAUACACACACACACACACACACAUGCACGCACGCACGCACACACUUUCUAUUUGUUCUGCCAUCAGGACUCGAGCAGAUAAAUUCUCAGAGUCUGAGCGCUGGACUGCGAUCAGGUUUUGCUUCAGCUAUCAUAAUGAAUACGGUUUCUAUGGACACAUCCCUAAGACAUUCAGGAUGAUGACACUUAAGGACAAAGACUCGGCUUAUGUGAUGCAUACAUAUGCUCUUCGUAACAGAUGACAAUAAACUUACAGUAGCACUUAUAAAUUUGUCAGCCUGUCAUGUAAAGUUGACAUAGCACCUGAGUUAAGUGAAUUAAGAUUGACACAAGGUUACAUUGUAUGAUAAUAUUGGAGGUGACAUUCUGCCCAGUGAGUUUAAUUGGAAGUAUUAUAAACACGAAUUGAUUUAGGUGUUGACACAGUGGCAUCUUGUUCUUAUGGUCCAUCCGUCAUACCAUACCAUUUAUAUCAGCUGUUCAUCAAAUAUUGAUCUUCAUAAAUUCCUCAUUCACAACUCAAUUUAAAGUACACUGAAAUACUAAGUACCUUUAUUUGGAGUCACUGAGUUUUAUAAAAUUGUUGCAAUUUGAUAGAUAUAAACCAAAGUUUCCUUAUUUUGUGCACCUUUUUAGACGUUGUGCAAUUCCAUUGUGCUGAGCUUUUGCACCUAGUGGUUUCAAAAAUGGGAAGUCCAACAAGCACUAAUAGAUGCCCAAUGGGGCAGGAACCAUUCUGCCCCAUGCUAGCUUUAUGAACAUUGUUUUGUUUUUUUUAUAGAGGAGGAGCAGUGGACAGGGCAGUUAACCGUCUCACAAAAAAAUUGACCCCCAAGAUGUUUUACAGUAAGUAAUAAUGCAGACAGUGUGUCUAUUAUGUAGCGUAGUGGUUAAGGUGUUGGACUACUGAUCAGAUGGUUGUGAGUCUGAGGCUCCUUCACUACUGGGCCCCUGAGCAAGACACUUAACCCUCAAUUGCUCAGUUGUAUAAUAAAAAAAGUAAGUUGCUUUGGAUAAGAGUGUCCGCCAAAUACCUGGAAUGUAAAUUAAAUGCAUAUAAAGUGGCUUAAGUGAGUGGAAUAAUUCACUGGAAUAAACGAUGGAUGCAGUCAUAAAGUGACAUAGUGAGAGAUUGCACAAGCAAGAGUGCAGUGAUACUGAAUCCCCAUAGAUAAUCACAGCUGUGCUGAUAUUCUGUACAAUAGCGAGUACAAUAUUGCUUUUAUAUAACAUCAAGUUGAGUCAGUGAAAUGUUAGACACAAUAUGGCCAAAAAUAUUCUGUUUAUUAGAAAUACUUAUCAAAGAAGCCACACUCACUAUACCGCAUAUCAUCUAUCUGGCUAAAUUCCCAUUAAAUGUGCUUCCUGUAGAAUUUCCGUCCAUUCUUUAUCCUCUUUAACUUUUUUUUUUUUUUAAUUUUUCAAUUCAUCACUUACAUUUCUGAAAAAUAGCUUGCCAUAUCUGUUAAUGAUAUCCUUCACACUACCAUAGCAACAGUUUUGAACUAGAAAGUGAAAUUCUACAUGGUGCUCAGUUUUUUUGGGGUUUUUUUUUUUUUUUUUUACAGUAAAAUGCCCCGUUGUGGUUAUAAGAAA